AUGGUAACCACUCAUUAUGCAGAUCCAUGGUUCUGUUUGAUGAAAAUCGAAGACAUGCCUGGAGAGGUCGCCAGCAAGGGACGAGGUGGUGCCUCCACGAGGCUUUGCUGGCCACGCAAGUGCGUGGAUCCGGGCGUCGGCGACCCAGACUGGCGAAGACAGGCCCAGUGCCUCGGCUUGGGUCCCAUGGUUCUGAAGCUCUGCUCCCCACAUGGGCUCCUUAGCGAGGGCACGGGCGGAAUGCCCAUUAGCUACAUCCUCAAGGUGAGCAGCGCCAUCUCCACUCUGGACCUUCAGCUUGCGCAGUGCGAUAGCAUUGCCGAGAAGGACAUGCUGCUCGAUGAGGUGCAGAGGUUGACCGGAAGCAUGUCAGCCGCCAACCUCCGUUGCCGACAGUUCCUCCAGGAUGGCCUUAGCGUCAUGCAUCAGCGAGGUCAGCAGAUCUUUGUCCAGGCCGUGUCAUGGCUGAAUGGCGCGAAGCUUUCGGCGAAAGAAGACGACGCGGGCUACUCACCGGAGCAACGUGCCGGGACAGGUGAUCCCGCCGACUCUCCCGAACCCCUGCCUGGAUCCUCAGAGGAGCAGAGCCCUGCGUCAAGCAAGGCCUCGAGUCCGGGCGAAGAGGAGGACGAGCAGCUUGCUGGUUUGGCCGAGCUGCACGAGGAGUCCGAGCAGGUCGAGGAUGAGCAGGCGGCCGGCUUCGCUGAUCGGCACGACGAGUCCGAGGAGGUUGAGGAUUCCGAGGCUGCCCUCGAGGUACCUGAUGUCUCUGUGGAGUCCACCUCCUGGCAAACGGAGGACGAUCGCCCUUCAAGCGAGGGCACAGAUGCAGAGGUGGAUGUGGCAGAUGCCGGCACGGAGGCCAGUUACGAAGAGGUUCGGCAGGAGCAAAGCGGUGUGUCGGAGGCGGAGGCAGCGAGCGGGACCUUGGAAUCCGGCAGCUUGGAGUGGCAUUCGGAUUGGACAACUACGGUGGCGCACGUUAACGUGAGCAGUGGAUAUGCAAGCGUAGCAGAGGUUUUUGCAUGCGACUUGGCCGUGGGGAAACUGAUGCCGUCUGAUCACCCGAUGUUUUCGACGAGUACUCGACCAGAUUUAUCACGAGCAGAAGAGGGCGAGGAGCGCCAAGAGACCGAGUCCGAAGAGGAGACCGAGCCACCUCGCAAGCGCAAAGCCCCGGCAGUCGACGACCAGGCCGCGGAGCGCAGCUUCUCAGAAAGCUCGCGCAGCUUGGAUGACGACGGCGAAACGGAAGGAACUGGGCCAGACGAGUUGUCGCAAGCUGCACCAGUUGAGGUGGUGGUGGUCCAUGCUCUUGCAAAGGAGGAAGAAGAUCCCGGAACCGACUGUGGUCACGCAGGCUUGCAGCAGCUACCCCCGGCUUCGGUGUCGGUGAACGGACCCGCCUCGCCGUUCUUUCGACCCUUUCCUGGGCCCGACGCUCAAGAGGACCAUGAGAGCCACCAGGGAGAUUUGGACACACCGAUGCCAAGCGACGCUGACUUGGACGAUGCUGACCCGUGCAAGUCGCCAAGCUUAACGCCCAGCUUCUCGCCGGAACCGGACGCGAUCUCCUGCUUUUCUUUCGGGGAAACCCGAGAGAAAGCCGGCUACAUGGCUGCGGCCGAGGCGUGUUUAGACCAGGACUCUUCGCCGGAUGCAUUGGCCUGGAGAGAGGAAGAUCUACACUUUGCGCGCCCAGAGAUCGCCUCCUGGCCUCCGCCCGCUCCGCAGCCGACUCGCCGGCUGCCCUCAGAUCCACGGGAGCUCGCAGACACUGUGACAUGGACAGUGAUGAGCUCCAGCUUCUCUCGUGGCGUCUCUUUGGACAAAUCGCCUUCUGCUACCGAGCAGCCAUCACCAAGCUCACCACAAGGUCUACAAG